CUCCGUGUCUACACUUCCCUCGCCAUCUUCGCCGCCACUGCCAUGGCCGCUUCGGCCUCUACCUCUGCUGCUGCCGCCUCUUCGACUGCCGCCAGCCUUACUGAUGGUGUCCCUCANCUCCAAUGCAUUACUGACGCCGUAACCUCAUCCGGCUGCUCUGCCGACGACUACGUGUGCCUCUGCACAACCGGCUCCAAGGCCUUCCAGGCUGCCGGAACCCAGUGUCUUCUCCAGAAGUCCGACUGCUCGGCCGCGGACCUCCAGACCAUUACGACCAUUGCUAAGAAUCGCUGCGCCGCUCUUCUCUCCAGCUCCGGCAACUCUGCUGGCGCUGCCGUCUCUGGUUCUGCUACCAGCGCUGCCUCGUCCGUUGCUAGCUCUGCCUCCAAGGCUGCUGCCUCGGCCACACACACUGGUGGUGCUGUCCAGGUUGGUGCCAGCAUCAUGGCUGUUGGUGCCGGUGCUCUUGCCUUCAUUCUGUAA